UCCUCUAUGGAUGGUGGAUGAUCUACUCACUGUAUGAACAUCCAAGCUGAGGGCACCAGCGGACUAUACACAUCCUUCCAGCCUUUGUGGGACUUUGUACAUGAGCACUGCCCAUGUGUCUGGCAGCAGAUCAUCUCUGAUUCCUUCCAAACUUCUCACUUGGGAGGGUAAUUGACCCAAAGAACAAAAUGAGGAGUAAAGUGAUGCUGAUUGUCCUUCUGAAGUGCUGCAUGGUGGGGGACCUUGCAGCUUCAGAUACCCCCACCUUAAGCACUAAGAGUGGCAGUCUCUCCAUACCAUUAAACCAUACACUAAAUAUUACUUGCAGUGGGGAGCAGGCAGUGGUUUGGUCAUGGCCUGGUCCUGUUGAUAACCGUGUGUCACUCAGCAUUUGCAAUGAAAGUAUCCAUUGUCAGAUACUGGUUGUGUCUCAGUUUACAGCAAAUGACACUGGAAUAUACAAGUGCUCGUAUGAAGAAAGCCACGCAGCCUCCAGUGUUCACGUGUCCAUUUUUGAUCAGAGCUCUCCAUUUGCAAAAUUUCCAAGUGACAAACCCAUUGCUGUGUACAUCCGUGGUGGUGCUACUGCAGGAAAUGAGACUGUGAUAGUUCCAUGCUUUACUUCCAGAGAGGAUCUCAACGUAACCCUGCGAACAAAAUAUACAGAAAACACAUUUACACCCAAUGGGCACAGUAUACAAUGGGACUACAAAAAGGGCAUCAUCGCCUUCAGUAAGCUGCUGAGGGUUUACGAUAUGGUCUUCUGUGAAACGGUACUGAAUGGUCAAACAUACAGAUCCUCCGACUACAUUAUUGUAGUUAUAGAAUUUAAAAUCUUCAGUCUAUUAAUGAACCCGCACCCUCAGAUCCAGGUGGCUGUUGGAGAGAGGCUAGAACUAUCUUGCAGUGCGCACACACCAUACAAUGUCAGAGUCCAAUUUCGAUGGGACUACCCUUCAAUGGAGGAUAAAAGAGCAAUACAAAAAUUAUCCAAAUCGCCUGUACAAAGUUCUCCGGAGUACACAGGAUUGCUCAUAAUAGAAGAGGCAACUUUGGAAGAUGAAGGGGAUUACAGCUGCACAGCAGACACUGGAGGGAUGAAUAAGACCAACACCACGAAGGUCAUCGUACAUCAGAAGCCAUUUAUAUUAAUUGAUGAAGAAUUGGAAAAGGUGAUUGUGUGCAAGAUUGGAGACCACAUCAAGAUACCGGUGAAAUUUACAGCAUAUCCCACUCCUGAAGUGAAAUGGAUGAAAAAUGGAAUUCCCGUGCGUCACAGAUUCCCAUUUUUCCUGUCAAUCAAUCACUGUGAUGAAGACGACAUUGGGAAUUAUACUGUUACUCUAACUAAUCCAAAAACGAGAGAUUAUGAGAGUCACACUUUUCAAGUCUUUGUACAUGUACCACCGCAUAUAGGCGAGAAGGCCGUGUCUUCCACCCUGGAAUCAUACAAGUAUGGCAAACCGUCCUCUCUCACAUGUACAGCAUAUGGAAUACCAAACCCUGUGAGCAUUCGGUGGUCAUGGCAGCUGGAAGAAGAAUGCAAGUACUUUUCACAACAUUAUAAUGCAGGGAAAAAUCCCUACAGUUGUCCAAAUUGGAGGGAUAUUAAUGACCAUUAUGGAGGGAAUGUAAUUGAGGCACAAGAUAUUCGUAAUGACAUCAUCGAAGGAAAACUAAAGACUGUGAGUAAGCUGCUUAUAUCAGCAGCUAAUGUAUCUGCCAUCUUCAAGUGCACGGCCACAAACCAGGCUGGAAGGGAUGAACACAUCAUUCCUUUCCAUGUAACACGUGGCCUUGAUGUCAGCAUGCACCCUAGAGGCAGGGUCACUGAGCGAGUCAAUGUGACUUUGAAAUGUAUUGCUGAUAAGUUAACCUAUGGAAACGUAAUGUGGUUCAAGAGGAGGUCUCCAGGAGCAAGAAGCUGGUCAAUGCACACUUGUGGAGAUGUGACCAACCUCAUUAAAAUGAAUCACGUUACUAAGGAUAUCAGUGGAGAAUACUUUACUUUGGAGCUGACACUGCGUAACAUCUCCCUGGAUGACCAAGGGCACUAUGAGUGCAUAGCUCAGGAGAAGAAAACCCUGCGGAAGCGAUGUUUCACCACUGAAUUAACUGUUCAUGCUCAAAAGCGGCCAGUUAUUCACCCUGAACUCAAGAACCAGACAACCAAUGUCAGUGAGACUUUGGAGGUGCGCUGUUCGGCCUCUGCGCUGCCGGAUCCACAAAUUCUUUGGUUUAAAAAUUCUGAUGCUCUGGUGGGAGAUUCAGGCAUUAUUUUAAAAGAUCAGAACAGAACGUUGACCAUACAACGUGUAAGGAAGCAAGAUGAAGGAUUCUAUACCUGCCGAGCUUGCAACAAUUUGGGUUGUGCAGAGGCUGAAAUGUACUUUACAGUGAAUGACUCAGAAGAGAAAACAAAUCUGGAACUCAUUAUUCUGGUUGGCACCGGCGUGAUUGCCCUGUUCUUUUGGAUGCUUCUUGUAAUCAUCCUUCGGACCGUAAAGAGGCCCAAUGAAGAGGAACUCAAGGCUGGCUACCUGUCAAUCAUUAUGGAUCCUAGUGAAGUUCCCCUUGAUGAGCAAUGUGAAAGGCUCCUCUAUGACGCAAUGAAAUGGGAGUUCCCAAGAGAACGGCUUAAACUAGGGAAACCUCUUGGUCGAGGAGCUUUUGGACAAGUCGUAGAAGCGGAUGCCUUUGGAAUUGAUACAACCUCUACUUGCAAAACAGUUGCGGUGAAAAUGUUGAAGGAGGGGGCAACUGACAGUGAAUACAGGGCGUUAAUGUCAGAGCUAAAAAUUCUUAGUCAUAUCGGUCAUCACUUGAAUGUCGUGAACUUGCUUGGAGCCUGCACCAAGCCAGGUGGACCCUUGAUGGUGAUUGUUGAAUUCUGCAGCUUUGGAAAUCUAUCAACGUAUUUAAGAAGUAAAAGGAAUGACUUUGUUCUGUACAAGACCAAAUCUGUGCGGUACAGACAGGCCAAGCAUCAUUACAUUGAAACUCCAAGGAAUUUGAAGAAACGAUUAGACAGCAUUGCUAGUAGUCAGAGUUCAGCAAGUUCUGGAUUUGCAGAAGAGAAGUCUCUUAGUGAUGUUGAAGAAGAAGAAGUUGAAGACAUGUGUAAGAGUCAGCUUUCUAUGGAAGACCUCAUCUCCUACAGCUUCCAGGUAGCACGAGGCAUGGAAUACAUGUCUUCACGGAAGUGCAUCCACCGGGACCUGGCAGCUCGUAAUAUCCUUCUGGCUGACAACAAUGUGGUGAAGAUCUGUGACUUUGGUUUGGCGCGUGAUUUGUAUAAAGACCCAGAUUAUAUCCGGAAAGGAGAUGCUCGGCUUCCUCUUAAAUGGAUGGCACCAGAGACUAUCUUUGAUAGAGUAUACACGACACAGAGUGAUGUGUGGUCAUUUGGAGUCCUGCUCUGGGAAAUCUUUUCAUUAGGAGGGUCUCCAUAUCCUGGAGUACAGAUUGAUGAAGACUUUUGCAGACGGUUAAAAGAUGGAACGAGAAUGAGGGCUCCGGAUUAUGCAACAGUGGAAAUAUACCAGACAAUGCUUGAUUGCUGGCUUGGAGAUCCCCUGCAACGACCCACAUUUUCUGAACUAGUGGAACAUCUAGGAAAUGUCCUACAAGCUAAUGUCCAAAUGGAUGGAAAAGAUUACAUUCCACUUACUGUGACUCUGAAUGUUGAAGAAGAUUCUGAACUUUCUAUGCCGACCUCACCUGUUUCCUGUAUGGAAGGAGAGGAAAUAUGUGAUUCAAAAUUCCAUUAUGAUAACGCAGCUGGAAUACGGCAUGUCCAAAACACGAGGAGAAAUAGCCGGCCUGUUAGUGUCAAGACAUUUGAGGAUAUUCCUAUAGAGGUCACAGUGAACGUGCCCAUGGAGGACAACCAAACAGAUAGCGGGAUGAUUCUUGCAUCAGAAGAGCUAAAAACACUGGAGAAUACACAAACUGAAGCGCUGUUAUUUAGCUGUUUAAAAUCCAGUAAAAGCAAAGAUUCAGUCACAUCAGGAUCUUCCGACCAAACAAGUGAUUACCAGUCUGGUUACCACUCAGAUGAAACUGAAAUUAUCAAUGAUACCAAUGAGAAAACUCAGCUUCUCAAAAAGGAGAGUUCAUCUGAGAUAUGCCAUGUGGAAAAAAAUUCACACCAAGCUGUCCUCCAGUUGACCACAGAAGUUUAGGAACUCAGAACUUUCAUUUACUUGCCACAAUGCACUAGCACAGGAGAAUCUGUGGAAUUCUGUUCGGCAGGAGAAGACUAUUUCUAGACAACAUCAUCAUUCCACAGACCAGGAAGAUGCCUGGAUAUGUUAGAAAUGUUUCUAUUUUUCAUGUAUGAGAUGGACUGUUGAAUAAACAGCGUGUGGACUUUCGGGAGCAAAUGUUUCUUAUCUGGACACUGAGUGUCUGACAGUGGGUUUGCCUGAAAACUGGAAGGGCCAUCAUUGUGCUUUUCUUUGUUCCAACAAUGAAAUGAUUGAGGUAGACCUACAGCCUGGUCUGUUGGCCACAUUAUGGAAGUAAGCUGUCUCACACACACAGUGGUGAUGUAUAUAUAAUUAUAUAUAGUAUUAGUAUUGUGCACUGUUCUACUUAUUUUUUAAGUACCUGACUGUGGACAAAUGAAUGUGCCAUCUAGUUAUCAGCAAGAUGAUCUUCCAGAACUUCCUUUGAAGGUCCAAGAACAGGAGUCAGCUCUUAUACACUGGGUACAUGUUUCUCUGUAUGUUUCACAUUGAUCAGCAGAGGAAAUGGUACAGGAAAUUUCAUUAUAUUCAAAUUAUAUGCUAAUGGUAACCUUUUUGGAGGUGCCAGGGAUUGGAAUAGAAGGGGGUUCCUGCAGAUAGCAGGUCAUUCAUAUCUUAUUAAACGUUAUAGGAUUACAAAAUGUGCUCUUUACAGUUUUAUGAAGCUAGCCGUGUCUGCUCUAUAGGUAUCCAUGUAUGUCCUCAAUAAGGGAGGAGAUCAUAUGAAGACAAGUGCAGGAUAUUCUGCUUUGUUCCUGACAACCAUUGACUGUAAAUGGUCACUGCUUUAAGUUGUCCACAAUAUUUUUCAGUGAGAUUGCUGGACAGAAUGUCUCUUAUAUCUGAUCCCUAAAAAUCACACUAUAAUAUCAGAUAUCUCUAGAAUAAUCCGCAUAUGUAUUUGUCACUAUUAUCAGUAAAGCUAACCUUUACUUUUAAUUUAAUGGUUCUAUGAGAUUUGUUGGAUGGAAAGUGGAUUUGCAAGUUCCUUGGUCCCCUGCAAAAUAUUGUGGUCCUCAUUAAAGCUGAGAGAAAAAGUGUCCUUGUCUGCACUAAAUUUCAUAUCUUUAGCCUAUUGAGUAUAGUUUAUAUUCUGUGACUUCAUUCUGUGAUUUCAAAUCAACAAAAUAUCAGUGUUUGACUUAUUUAUAAGAAAUGUAAUAUAUUAUAUUUAUAAAUAUGUUUUAUAUGUAUAUACCAUGAGAAAUGGAAAAUCUUUUUAGUAGUAUUAAAGAGUUAACGUUUUUUAAUAGCAUUCUCUCUUUUGUUUUACUCUAUGCGAUUUCCUGAACGGUUACAGACAUAAAAUACAAGCAUAAAAAAAACAGUUGCUAGUUAUAUUGGCAGAUAUAUAUGUGAUCAAAAUUACGAUUAUCUGAAAGAACAAAAAUAGUAGGAAUCUCAAAAUAAUAGGUUUUAAAUCCAUAUGAAAUAUCAUGGCCUUUUUCAGAGCCUUACAUUUGCAUUGAUAUUUGUGGAUGUUAGAUAUUUUAUGUUUGUGAAUGCUCUAAAGGGUUAAUCCGCCUCAGAACAUCAAUUAACUGUUUAUAUAUAAAUAUAGUCUAUAUUAACAUUGAAAUAAGUUAGUAAACACAUUGCAUUACUUAUCAUUGACUGAUCCUGAGUUACCGUCCAGUUCUUCAGGUUGCUACUGGAAACAGUCGACAAGCUUGUUGUCAAGCACGCCUUUAGCUUAGUUUAGCACCUUUAAUGCAGGAGGAUUGAGAGAUUUCUCAAAUUGCUAUACAAUGGUACAGUAAAGACUACGCUCAUUGCACCACAGGCCUAAUUUGCAUAUUAGGAAAAAGUAUCAUAACUGGUAACAGAGCCUCGGCUCAACAAAGGAAAAACGGUGUUUUAUUCAGGUGAACCACAGCUAUGUGUCUAUGCACACAGCUGGAUAAGGAGGUCGCUGGUGACAGAUUCCCUUUUGAAGCCUGCACAUUUGUAAAUUGUGGACUAUGAUACAUGCUAUAAAUCAGGAUACGCACAAGAUACAAUGUAUUUAUAUAGUUAUUUGGUUUGUAGAGUAUUCUUUCCAACUAAACUGUAAAAUGGUGCUUCUAGGUGGAGAAUAACCUUCAAGCUUUAUGAAAUGAAAGCUGGUCAUAAAUGCCCUGAAUGUAUUUGAUCAUUUCACAGUAGAUGCCACAUCAGUAUUCCAUUCAGAUAAGCUACUUUGUCAAUGGUUAGCUAAUUUAAAUAAAGCUGAUCAUUCUAAUGCUGAACCAUUUUAUAUGUGUUAUUGUUAAUUAGGGUGAAUUUAAUAAAAUAUUUAGGUUUCUGGAGCAAUAUGUCAUCAUUUCAGGAAAUAUUCUCAUGUCACAACUUGGCAUUCCUGUAUGUUGUAAUGCAGAAGUGUAAUUUCUCUUGUUUAUCAGGGUUGGCAAUGUAAUUGUUUCCUUAACCUAAUGUGAACUUGGAGCCACA